UUGGACCACCUUAGGGGAAAAGUGCAAUGACAUGCCGAGCAGGGAGGAGGUGGGGUGGACUGGCUGCUGGGGCGGCUUUAUAAGCCCUCCAUGCAGCGAGCCCGCCGUGUCCACCGGCCCCCUCGGAAGCCUCCCUCGGACAGGCUCGGCUCCCCUCGAGCUCUUCUGCACCAUGCUGCACCUGCUGCUGAUCGCCCUAGAGCUGCUGCUGGGGACGGUGGCUUUGCGACUGAACCCUUCUCCGUUCAUUGUCUCGGAGAGCGACCGAGGGGAAUUUCCAUGCCCACUGGAGUGUCCCCACGAGCGCGGCCGCCCCAUCUGUGCCUCUGACGGAAAGCUUUACAAGUCCCCGUGCACCUUCCGGAGAGCCCGAUGCCGUGAGCCUUCCCUCGAAGCUUUGCCUCGCUUCCGCUGUGGUGGGGUGGCCCACCGGGAGCCCAGCUAUGCCAAUCUCACCAGGUGUCAGGAGGACCGAUCAGCCGCCCUCUCUCAGUCCCGGCGUCAGGCUUACGCAACCUAUGUCCCAGAAUGUGGCGACGACGGCUCCUUCCUGCAGGUGCAGUGCCAUAAACAGACUGGCUACUGCUGGUGCUCCACACCGGAAGGCAAGCCAAUCAGCGGAACGUCAGUCCUCAACGAAACGCCGAACUGUACAGGGUCCUACACAGUGCGGACUUCAUGGCAAGAUCCUAACUCCUCUCGCAGAGAAGGCGGCGCCAAGCCCCGGCCCACCCAGCCAAGCUCCGUGCCCCACAAGCAGGAAGAGGGGACCUCUUUGCCGUUCCUCAUUCCUGUUAUAAUUCCGGAUUUCAAGCCCAACCGCAUGGUGAAGCCGGCUCAAGAGUAUCCCCCCUCAUGCGAGCAGGAACGCCGUGAAGCCAUCGACGAGGCCCGGCAGCACCAACAGGAAGGGACCUUCAUCCCGGAAUGUGAGGGGGACAGCACCUACAAGGCCGUGCAGUGCCACCAGGCCACCGGGUACUGCUGGUGUGUGCGGGUGGACACCGGCCGGCCAGUUCCAGGCACUUCCACGCGGAACUUCCCCCCAGACUGCGAGGCCGACCUGGCAGCCAAAAGUGCAGAAGUGGGCUCCCUUUUCCGAGACCGGACACUGCCAGGUUGUCCAGGCUCCAAGAAGGCAGAGUUCCUCUCCAAUCUGAUCAAAGCCUUGGCUUCUGACAUGCUGCAAUCAAGGAUGAUGCCAAUCCCCUACCCACGGUUUUCGGACAGCUUGGUGGGCCCCAGCCUGGAGGAGCGGGCUGUGCGCUGGCAAUUUGUGCGCCUGGACAAAGACUUCAGCAACAGCAUCAGCGAGCGGGAACUUCGCCCCCUCAAGCUGUACAUGAAGAGGAACACCCGCCCCAAGCGCUGCGUCCGCAAGUUCCUGGAUUACUGCGACCUCGAUGACAACAAGCUCAUCUCCCUGCAUGAGCUCAAAGGCUGCUUGGGACUGAGUUAACCCCCUGACUUUCCCCUGAAAAACAAUGGAGCUGUUCCCCUCUAGAAGCCCAUGGGGCACUCUCUCUUUCUCUGAGCACUGCAUUCCCGCCUCUGAUUGCAGACUCUUUGCACUUUAAAGAUACAGACUGGACUUUCUGCCCAGAAAGCUGAUGAUGGUUUGGGAAGUGGUGAUAAACAUGGAAGUGGGUGGCGCACAUGUGGAUCUCAGUCCACCUUCAGUGUUUGCCUCCUUUUUUUUUUUUGCUUAAAAAAUGUAGAUAAGAAAAGCCUGCAGAAACCAUCUACCUUUAUAGAUCUUUUGAAAGUAAUAAUAAAAAAUGAUAUUUUAAUCUUUGCUUUAUUUUUACAAUGUAAUUUUCAAGAGGGAAAAAAUAUGAAUGUAAAGGACUUCCUUGUUAGAGGGUAUUUGAAAAGGGCAUAAUCAUUUAAGUUGCUGCCUCUGCUAAAAAAUAAGUUGGAUUGUAAAACAAAAUUUAAUCUGUUUAUUUGAAUCAAUAAAUUAUAGCUAUACAA